AGCUUUAACAAAACCAAUUAGAAGCAUACUUGUAUAUAUAUUGUUUUAGUUGGUUGAAUGAUCAUUAUAAUUCUGCAUGUGGGGUUAGUUCUUUCUGAAAGCCUUCAUCCAAAGUGAAGAACAGAGAUACUAAUUUCCAGCUCUUGUUAAUUUCUUUCUUCUUAGUCAACUUUUGCUUGGCAUAGAAGCAAAAAUCAAAGGCUUCUUCCCACUCAAACCUAAAGCACGAAUUGCAUAUUUCAUUGGUGUUCUUUCUUUAAAGCAAACAUUUUAUAUUCUUACACAAAUUAAGUUCACUCUCACUCAUUUAUAGCACCUUCUCCUGGUUCUUAAUCUUUGCCGCCUCCGCUGAAAAGCUAGAAUUAGCUCAAGUGAAGGUGCACUCAACUAAAAGAUCAUAAGUUUCAUUCUUGACGUUGUUAACUCUUUUAUUACCUCUUGCACGACGACAAUUCAUUUUGGUUCUGUCGACAAAUCGUCUUCCUUAUGGACGUGGUUUUCUCUUCCUCCCAGGCUUUGUUGAAUGCUCAUAGUGGCAUUACUAGCCACGUUGGGUUCAUUUGGCAGCAAACUAGAGCUGUUUUGGUUGUGCCAUUGUUAAGAAUAGUGUUGUUUGUUUGCUUGGCCUUAUCAUUUAUAUUAUUUGUGGAGAGGCUUUACAUGGGGAUUGCCAUAGCUUUUAUAAAGUUGUUUAGGAGAAAACCAGAGAAAAAGUACAAAUGGGAGCCAAUGAAGAGUGAUUUGGAGCUGGGAAAUUCUUCCUAUCCUGUGGUCUUAGUGCAAAUACCAAUGUACAAUGAAAAAGAGGUGUACCAAUUGUCCAUUGGAGCUGCCUGUAACCUUUCAUGGCCAGCAGAUAGAAUCUUUAUCCAAGUCCUUGAUGAUUCUACUGACCCUGCAAUUAAGGCUUUGGUGCAGCAAGAGUGCAGGAGAUGGGCAAGCAAAGGAGUUAACAUAAAAUAUGAGAUAAGAGGCAACAGGAAAGGGUACAAAGCUGGAGCUCUCAGAGAAGGAAUGAAGCACAGUUAUGUGAAGCUGUGUGAAUAUGUGGCCAUCUUUGAUGCUGAUUUUCAACCCGAGCCUGAUUUCUUGGAUCGCGCCAUCCCUUUUCUUGUACACAACAACGAAAUCGCACUCGUUCAAGCUCGUUGGGAAUUUGUGAACGCUGAAGAGUGCUUGUUGACAAAAAUGCAAGAAAUGUCAUUUGGUUAUCAUUUCACAGUGGAGCAAGAAGUUGGAUCUGCAGCCCAUGCAUUUUUUGGCUUCAAUGGCACUGCUGGUGUUUGGAGAAUGUCAGCUCUUAAUGAGGCAGGAGGAUGGAAAGACAGAACAACUGUGGAAGACAUGGAUCUAGCAGUCCGAGCUGGUCUCAAUGGCUGGAAGUUUGUUUAUGUUGGGGACGUUAAGGUGAAAAGUGAAUUGCCAAGCACCUUCAAGGCCUAUCGCAAUCAGCAACACAGAUGGUCUUGUGGACCUGCUAAUCUUUUCAGAAAAAUGGCAAUGGAAAUUGCAACUAACAUGAAAGUUUCUGUAUGGAAGAAAUUUUAUCUGAUUUACAGCUUCUUCUUUGUCCGAAAGAUCAUUGCACACGUCGUGACAUUCAUCUUGUAUUGUGUUAUUAUGCCUGCAACUGUUUUCUUUCCUGAAGUCCAAGUGCCUAGAUGGGGAACUACUUAUAUUCCAUCAGCUAUUACUAUUCUCAAUAUACUUGGCUCUGCAAGAUCAAUGCAAUUGGUGGUUUAUUGGAUCCUAUUUGAGAAUUUAAUGUCCCUCCACCGGACGAAAGCAACGUUCAUUGGCCUGUUCGAGUCAGGAAGAGCCAAUGAAUGGAUUGUGACAGAGAAACUCGGAGAUGCUCUUAAGACCAAAAAAGGCUCAAAAGCACCCAAGAAAAUUCGUUUUCGAAUUGGAGAAAGGGUAUAUGUUCUUGAGCUUUGCGUCGGGUUGUACCUACUGUUUUGUGGGUGGUACGACUUUUCUUUUGGGAAGACUAGGUUCCAUGUAUACCUCUUCCUCCAAGCUAUUGCUUUUUUCGUCAUUGGUUUUGGCUAUGUUGGUGUGUUUGUUCCUAAUUCUUAAUUCGAAUUGGGGACUUCUUUUUUGGUGCAAACUUCGAUUGAAGUUAGGAGUAUUACUUUGUAAAAUUAUGAAUAUUAGCUUGAAAUUCUUUUAUACCAAUGUGUAAAAGCAGCUAAGUGCAUGCUUCAUUUGUAUUUUUCUUUUUCGUUCUUUAUGUGUAUUAGUCGAUGAGUAACUCAUAAGAAUUGUGAAGUGCCAAAAGGAUUGGUUGUUUUUUUAUACAAAAGAUAUAUGGUAAGCAUUAUAGUUCCUUCUGUA